CGGCAUUUAUAUCCUCAUCUUGUCGUCUCCUUUUUCUGCUUCUUAUUGUUUUUCACUAAUUAAUAACAGUUUUCUAUUUGGCGAACCUUAGUCCGGCCUUUGACUUUUCUUCUAGAUUUCACUCUCUGGUUCAUCUUCAAACCAUUUAUAUAAUCGUCCCUAAACAAAGACACUCUUACUGGCGGCGGGGACAAAGGCAUAUACCCCACUUAUAUAAUCGUCCCUAUAUAUAGUACAUCCAUAUACACACAAUAUCAAAGGAAUCCCAAAAUAUGGAAGCAAUAAACAGAUAUGUUACAAUAAAGACUCAGAUAAAUGGGAAUCUAAAAGAGUCAGACUUUGAGAUUAAGUCUUCAACUAUUGUUCUAUCAGUACAACCCGGCUCAAACGAUGUCGUUUUGAAAAAUUUGUAUGUGUCCAUUGACCCAUACCAGAUAAACCGCUUGAAGAGUCACAGUUCCUCUCAGAACACAUCUAGUUAUGCAACAGCCAUAGCUCCCGGCGAGGUUAUCGAUGCUUAUGGGGUGGCAAAAGUUGUAGCUUCUGGGAAUGCCGAGUUUGAAAAGGAUGACUUGGUUGUGGGAAUGAUUAAUUGGGGAGAGUAUAGUAUGUUGAAAGGAGAUCAAUACAUGUUGAGGAAACUAGACACUAUGGGGUUUCCAUUGUCACACCAUGUUGGAAUAUUUGCAUUUAGUGGAUUGACGGCUUAUGCAGGGCUAUUUGAAGUGGGGAAGCCUAAGAAGGGUGAGAAAGUGUUUGUCUCAGCAGCUGCUGGGUCAAUAGGCCAUUUGGUUGGACAAUAUGCUAAACAGUUCGGUUGUUAUGUUGUUGGUUGUGCUGGAAGGAAAGAAAAGGUGGAAUUGCUCAAAGAGAAGCUUGGUUUUGAUGAUGCAUUCAACUACAAGGACGAGCCUGACUUCAAAUCAGCUCUCAAAAAGUACUUCCCAGAUGGAAUAGAUAUCUACUUUGACAACGUGGGAGCUGAGAUGCUAGAAGCAGCAGUGGCUAACAUGAACACCUUUGGCCGAAUUGCGGCUUGUGGAGUCAUAUCUGAGUACACAGACACAAACAAGAGAGCUGCGCCGAACAUGCUGGACAUUGUAUACAAGAGAAUCACGAUGAGAGGGUUUUUGGCAGCUGAUUUCUUUAGUAUCUAUCCGGAUUUUCUUUCGGCUACAGUGGAUCACCUUCGCACUGGCAGUCUUAAGACGCUUGAAGACAUCUCAACUGGUUUGGAGAGCAUUCCUCAAGCUUUUCUUGGACUCUUUCAUGGUGCCAAUGUUGGGAAGAAGUUGGUGAAACUGUCAGAUGAAUGACCUUUUUUUACGUACAAAAUGAUCAGCUAUAUAUAUUACGGAAUUGAUCAAUAAUUGCAGUUUCACAAAAAUGUUUUAACUUUUGUUUUUUAGUGAAUGAUGUUCUACUACUUGGUUUUCGGUAGUGUGAACUUUGGCAAAAUGCAUUUUCGAACAACUUUGUUGCACCAAAUUAAAAAUAAAAUUGCAAAACUAUUUGUCA